AUGGCUUCUGCUUCCUUCGUCAACUCGUUCACCUGUUCUUCGCGUGCUCCAGUUCUCCACUCUUUCGCCAACGUCUCCAACGCCACGUCACUCAGGCCCGGGAACAGCCACUGUUCCAGACCACUCGCCACCAGGAUCUCGUCGCCUUCCCCCGUUGUCUGCAAAGCUGUCUCCGUUAAGCCCCAAACAGAAAUUGAGGGUCUCAACAUCGCUGAAGAUGUUACCCAGCUCAUAGGGAAAACGCCAAUGGUUUACCUGAACAAUAUCGUGAAGGGUUCUGUGGCCAAUAUUGCUGCAAAGCUAGAGAUUAUGGAGCCGUGUUGUAGUGUCAAAGACCGGAUUGGUUUUAGCAUGAUAAAUGAUGCUGAGCAGAGAGGAGCUAUAACACCUGGAAAGAGUAUAUUGGUGGAACCUACUAGUGGGAACACAGGAAUUGGCCUUGCCUUUAUAGCAGCUUCAAGAGGAUAUAAACUCAUUUUGACAAUGCCCGCUUCAAUGAGUUUAGAAAGACGAGUACUUUUGAAAGCAUUUGGGGCUGAGCUUGUUUUGACUGAAGCAGCAAAGGGCAUGAAUGGUGCAGUUCAAAAGGCUGAAGAAAUUUUAAAAAAUACCCCCAAUGCAUACAUGCUUCAACAAUUUGAUAAUCCUUCAAAUCCUAAGAUUCAUUUUGAGACAACUGGCCCAGAGAUAUGGGAAGAUACCAGAGGAAAGAUAGAUAUUUUAGUUGCAGGAAUUGGAACUGGUGGAACUGUUUCUGGAGCUGGCCAAUACUUAAAACAACAAAACCCGAAAAUACAGGUUAUUGGUGUAGAGCCCCUGGAAAGCAACAUCCUUACAGGUGGAAAGCCAGGACCUCACAAAAUUCAGGGUAUCGGAGCUGGUUUUGUGCCCAGGAAUUUGGAUCAAGAUGUGCUUGAUGAAGUUAUAGCGGUCUGUUCUUAUGCUUUCCUAUUGUCUUCUUCUACUUAUAUAUCAAGUGAUGAAGCAGUUGAAACUGCAAAGCAAUUAGCACUCCAGGAAGGCUUGCUGGUGGGAAUUUCUUCAGGAGCUGCUGCUGCAGCUGCAUUGAAGGUUGGAAAGAGGCCUGAGAAUGCAGGAAAGCUUAUUGGGGUUGUCUUCCCAAGCUUUGGUGAAAGAUAUUUGUCUACUGUUCUAUUCCAGUCAAUUCGGGAAGAAUGUGAGAAAAUGCAACCUGAGCCAUGA